GAUACGAUCAUAAGAAGUUGAGUCACAGUGAGUACUUGACAAACCAAUGCAGUUGCAUUAUAUACAUCAGUGGUAGCUAUCACCCAACCAAAUGCUUUUACUCUCGCCCUCUCCUAGGCAUUCUUGAGAAAAGUUGCCUCUCACACUUCCACACAAAAUUUCACCCUCACUACUACUCAGUGAGUCACUGAGUGUGGUCUCUCCAAUCAAAUUCCACCACAUUUUAGCCUUUCUGAGCCCCUCAGUAUUAUUAUUAAGAUGUGCAAUGAAUAAAGCCCAUUUCAAGAAACCUGAAACCUCCCUUGUCAUAGACUGACUGUACUUGCAUGCUGUGAUUAGACUGAGGAUUUUGGGUUUGCUCAAUAUGGCCCCUCCCCUAGCUUAUACAGAUGAGUUUUUAUCUUUUCUGUGGGCAGCCUGGAAUUAUUUUCAUAAUGGAUACAGUAUUACACAAUUACCAUUUUCAGAUGACAAGCUUAAAAGGAGAGUGUCAAGGGAGAUUUAUAAUAAAGACAAGUCAUUUUCUCUUUUGUUUUCUUUUCCAUAUCAGGUCAGUUUUGAUUGGGCAUGGUAGUAUGUGUACACCUGUUAUUUGUUUGUCUUUUUGCUCCUCCUGUUGUUUCAGUGUACUAUUUUUCAGGGCUUUGAAAUCUGUGAAGUUAAUUUCUUUUGGAAUACUUGGGUACAGGAAAGAAGUCUAUAACAGUCUCAAGCUUCCCCUCUUAGGGGUUAGGCCAAGUACCCAUUUGAGUUUUUAUCUUUCAAAAGCUCUGUUUCUUUUGGAUUGGUAUUGAAGCAAAAGCAAAGGCAGAUUCCUGUAAUCAUUCCUCUGCAAUCUCUCUCUCUUUUUUGUUUCCCAUUUUGAUUCCCAAACAAAGAAAACCUCGUCUGUCCCCGAUCUUGUUCACUGCGGGGAUUUUAUGGACGGAUUUUAUUUACCUUUAUCACAUUCUGCCUCCCAUUUUGGGGUUUUUGGGCUGUAACAGUAUUAAAGGAAAGCAAAAAAGGCCUUCUUUAUUCACCUUUGAAUCAGUUUCAAAACAAAAGUGUCUGUUGGGUUUCAUUCCUCUUGUCUCUUUUUUUGGGUUCUCUCUCUGUUAUUGCUCGAACUCAGAACUUCUGGGGGGUUUUUGGGGGGCAAUAGCUAAUGAUGGCAGAUUGGGAUGGUAAUAUAAGCAAAAGAAAUGAAGGGUAUAGAAGAAAAUCAAUUAGCGAUGAAGAGUUUGAAGAAGAAGAAGUGUGGUCUGUGAUGAAAGGGAGAGAAGAUUCAAGCUUUAACAUGAUGAGGAAAUCAAAGAACUCCUCCCGUAGUUCUUCUUCCUCUGCAUGGUCCAUUCCUAGUACUAAACCAAGGAUGAUCCCAAGAGGCCAUGAAUCCAACAAUGAUGAUCUGGUAAUUCAACAAUCCUCAGCUCCUUUGAACAUUCCUGAUUGGUCAAAGAUUUAUGGGAAGAAUGGUAAGAUGGGUUCAUGGGUUGAUGAUGGUGAUAAUGCUAGUGGUUAUGAUGAUCAUGAAAAUGGCAAUAAUGAUGAUGAUGAUGAUGAAGGCAUGGUCCCACCACAUGAGUGGAUUGCUAGGAAGCUUGCAAGGAGCCAGAUAUCUUCUUUCUCUGUAUGUGAAGGUGUUGGAAGGACACUCAAAGGUAGAGAUCUUAGCAGAGUCAGGAAUGCUAUUUUGUCCAAAACUGGUUUCCUAGAAUAAUAAUGCAUUGUCCCUUAUCCACCAUCUUCAUCACAUGCUCCACAUCAUCAUCAUCAUCAUCAUCAUCAGUAAUCAGUUUUCUGCAAUUUUGGGUCCCAUUCUUCAUUCUCCCAUGUAAUCUUUUUCAGUUUCAUGUUAUUUUUGUUGGGUGCUAGUGGAACUGGAUUAAUUAGAGAUCUCAAAAGAUGUCAGAGCUGCCAUUUUUAGUGUGGGUUUUUGGGGAAGAUAAAAGAAAUGAAAUUUUGGCAGCAACUGAGAUUUUGUCUGCUAGUCUGGUAGAAUUUUGUGUUUGUGGGUAAUUGUUGUUCAAUUCCAUCUGGGUACAUGAAAAAUGAAUCAGUCCAUCUAAAUGUACUCAACCCAUAUUGUAUUCUUUUCUUGAACAACACAGUUUUGUUGUUUUGAGUAGUUUUUCAAGGGGAGAAGUUCACUGUUUGAGCAAAUUUGUAGUCAAAAUUCCAUCUUUUGCUGCUCCUCACUCUGGAAUCUGAUACUUGCUCAGAUUGGUAUUGAAUACCAAUAUACUUUCUUAGCA